GACACCAGCAGGGAGUGGGGUCACAGCCACUCCCAUUGAUAUUAAGCCUACACGCAACACAACAUGUUCCUAUGCUUACUUUUUCACACCUCAAGCACAAGCGAUCUGGAAGUAGGAACUGAACACAGAAUUGUAAUGAGGCCUUGUUGCAUUCCGGAACAAUUACCCUGUGGGACAUUGCUUCGAUCGUGACGUGGUUGGUGUUGCUAGAAAGAGACGAACUGGUCAUAAUACUGAUAACAUCCUACAGGUCGUUCACUAAGUUAUUAUGGAAUAAUUCAGUUGGUAUUUUAUUCUCAACAGUUAACAAACCAUUUAGUGCAGUCUUCUCUGGCAUUGCGACCUCUAGGCUGCUGCGCUGGGACACGCCAGUCAUAGCCCUGGGACUGUCUGCGUCAUCAUGAAGCUGUACAGCCUAAGCGUUCUCCACAAAGGAGCGACUAAAUCCAAUCUCCUCAAAUCCGCAUAUGACCUCUCCUCCUUCAGUUUCUUCCAGCGCUCCAGUGUCCAGGAGUUCAUGACCUUCACCAGCGCCUUGAUUGUGGAGCGUUCUGCACACGGCAGCCGAGCCUCAGUCAAAGAACAAGAGUAUCUGUGCCAUGUGUAUGUGAGGAAUGACAGUCUGAGUGCGGUGGUGAUAGCAGACAGCGAGUACCCCCAAAGAGUCGCCUUCACACUACUAGACAAAGUGCUAGAGGAGUUCUCCAGGCAAGUGGAAAGUAUAGACUGGCCAUCUGGAAACCCAGACACCAUCAACUACAAAGCCCUGGACAUCCACCUGGCCAAAUACCAGAACCCCAGAGAGGCAGAUGCGAUGACCAAAGUGCAGGCUGAGCUAGACGAGACAAAAAUCAUUUUGCACAACACCAUGGAGUCUCUGUUGGAGAGAGGGGAGAAGCUGGAUGACCUGGUGCAGAAGUCUGAACACCUGGGGAACCAGUCUAAAGCCUUUUAUAAGACUGCACGGAAGCAGAACUCAUGCUGUGAGGUCAUGUGAUGUUGCUGACUGUCCUCUUGGAUAUCUCUCUCUUGGCCUUUCUGCUCAUUCUACAACUUCCAUCGUGCCCCAGCCUCCAGGAGACCGAAUGGCCUCCACUCAGUCUCUGGGAGGGAGCAGGGGAGGAAGGAUGUGGGAUCUCUGGAAUUUCUUUACAUGCUUACUGGGGAAGAGGAGAGGAUGUGGGGCUGCAGGACUGGUGGGGUUUCAUCAGGAAGAUAUCAUACGUAUUGGCUUCAUUGUAACAGUUCAAAAGGUGUUUUGAGGAGGUUCCUAGCCAGCCAGGACGUGUUUGUUGUUCAAAAUGUCUUAAACCGUUUCCUGAAUUCAGACCGUAUCAGAGUCUUAAUCUGAGUUUGAACUCAGCUUUCUGGGAGUUUUCAUCUUAUGCUUGGCGUUAAAGAAACCCUGACAAUCUCCCUCUGUACUCAUUGCAGUAACUCACAGGAUCUGCUGGUGAUCUCAUUAAGGUCUGGUAUUGACAUUUUAUUUCCUCUGCCCUGUAGAUGACACGGUUUCCUCACAUUCGUGGUUCAGGGCCUGAGACAACAGAACUCCAUGAUCAAAUCCUCUUGAGUUUGUUUUCAAAGCUCAUUUCUACAGGACAUUAAUUGGAUUAGUGUUUUGAUUAUGUAACCUAAUCAAAACAACAAUAUGUAACCCAUUGAUGUUUUGUUGUUCUCUAUGAACACGUGAAAACUUUGAAACAUUCCCAGGUUUUUCAAAUUCAUAAAAGUUGAUUGGUAUUGUAGCACAAGCGGGUGAACUUAUGUUGAACUAAAAUAGGGUGACCUGUACUUAUAGAGCAUUGUGUAGUGAUGUCUACAGAUUCUCAUUGAUAGACAAAGCCUUAUUAAAAUAUGGGGUUAGAUUGAAGUCCCCCUACGUAUGAGUAUGUGUUUGGAAAGUGUCCUAUUGGAGGGGCUCUCUGACUUUGUAAUCCUUCUAAAGCUGUUGUGUUUCUAGACUGGACAAAGGCUUAAGACAUGGCACACAAUGAAUCAGCCACGACCCACCAAUGGGUUUUGCUCCACCAUUAGGUGUUCUACUGCAGCCUUAUGUCUGCAGCUCUGCCCCCUGUUGGCAGUGUGAACAUACUACAUCUGGAUUGGAUUUCAAUUCUAACUGAAUGAUCAUGACAACACAUGUUGGGUAGUUAACUUCACUUUUGGAACAAGGAAAUUACUACCUGAGGUUAUUAUUUCAUGGUGAGCAAUGCUUCUAAUGUUGCAGGUAGAAAUGUAAUGUAUAGAACAGACAAUAUUCCCUUUUCAGCAUAACACAGAAUCGUGUGCGUUUUACAAAUAUUUCAAUCAAUGUAUUCUGUUUCAUUUAACAGGCUCAGCUUUGGGUGCACAACACACUCACAGAUCACUCAUUUUGUUGCGCUCAGUAUUAAACAUACCCAUUUGAUUUUCUUUUUUUAGCAGAAAUGGCUUCAGGUUGUCAUUGUGUUUCCAGACCCCAGCGGAUAUGUGAGAUAAAAGCGAGGCCUUUGAUAUUUUAGAUGUAGUGUAUCUUGCUGCCUUAUUUUGUGUGUAUGACCUGGUUGUGUGUAUGUGUAAUUGUUUGUGACUGUGUGCAAAGACAUAAUUAGUCAGACUUUAACUGCUCUUAUUGCUUUACGUCACAACUUCUGUGCAAUCGUAGGCUGACUAUAUUCUCUCCAGAUAAUGUUUUAUCUUGAAACCUGUUUAAUUUGAGUAGGGAAACAGUUCAUUUGACCCCAGUGUUUCCAAUGAAAGAUACUUCUACGGCAGCACAGUCCUACUUUAAUUUCCUCAAAUGUUUUUGUUAACCCUGCUUUUUGGUGUUAACCAAUGAUUUAUAUAGGCUACAUUAGAUGACUGACGGAGCGCUGUUUUGACACCACCGUGCCUCCAUCUUGGCACUCCCCCACUAUUGUAAAAAAGUUAAGCUAUAGAAUGUCUACAUUUGUUUUUGUCACCUUUAUUCUAUUACAGUCCCCUUUUAAAUGCAGGGAUGGACAACUCCAGUCUGCAGGGGCCGAGUGAUGUCACACUUUUCCCACAGCCUUACAAAACACAGCUGAUUUAGCUAAUUGCGUUUUAAACUGCAGGUCAUGAUUAGUUCAUUAUUGGAGUCAGGAGUGUUAAGUGUGACACCAAUAAGGCCCCUGAGGACUGGAGUUGCCCAUCCCUGCCUUAAUGCAUACUUUAAAAUUAUACUGAACAAAAAAUAUAAAAACGCAACAUGUAAAGUGUUGGUCCCAUGUUUCAUCAGCUGAAAUAAAAGAUCCCACACAGUUUC